UGGAUUGGUAAUUCGCCAUUGUUGGGCUCAAACCCCCACGCACAAUAAUUAGUAUGCAGCUCACCUAUUUCGGUUCCAGUUUGAUUCAUCACCUGUGAGAGUGAAGGAAAAUCGAAAGCAGCAAAUUGCAAUCCAUUCAAUCCGUGCCAAAAGGAUAAGUGAAAACAAAACCCAAAAAGUCAAGUUCACGUUCAGCAAUGGGGCAUGAUGUCGAUCACGGACGGGAGGGAAUGCGACAAGCAAGAACUCAUAAAAUCCAAAACAGUUCAAAUGAUAUAUAAAUCGAAUUGUGGCGUGAGUAGAAUCAUAGUUCAAUUGCAAUCUUCAACCGGUACACAGUACAAUCAAAAUCGAUCAACAUGUUCACCAAAUUGAUCUGCAUCGCCGUCCUGGCCAUCUCUUGCGUCUGUGCCAAGCCCGGAGUCGUCGCUCCCGUUGCCUACUCGGCUCAAUUGGCCUAUGCUGCUCCAGCUCCAGCCUUCGUGACCGCCCAGAGCUCGCAGGUCAUCGCUCGUAACUACAACGGAGUGGCUCCUUUGGCAUACACCGCUCCGAUUGCUGCUCCUUUGGGAUAUGCUGCAUCAGCUCCUCUGGCCUACUCGGCUGCUGCGGCUCCUCUAGCUUACACUGCUCCCGUUGCCAAGGUCGCCACACCAGUAGCUUACUCGGCUCCAGCUCUGGCUGCUGCUGUUCCUCUGGCCUAUACCGCUGCUGCUGCUGCUGCGACUCCUUUCGCCCGCACAUUCGCUACUCCUUAUGCCGCUCCGUUCGCAGCUCCCUACACCGCGUAUCCUUAUGUGCUGUAAAACGAUUCGGGGCUAAUCGGGACUGAUUUUGUGAUGCAGAGACUGUAUAUUAUUUAUUGUUGAGCGAGACUUGUAACAUUAUAACUGUUGCCAUAGUUGUUGAAAGAUCAGUGAAAAAUAAAUCAUGAGUGAAACAUA